UUAUGCUCACACAAAAAAAUGGUGUCUAUAACAUAGGCAACUUGACAUUAUAAUCCAUAAACACAUUCUGAAAAAGCAACUUACUCUCAUUCCCAUUUCACUGUUAACAAUGGCUGAUGCCGUUACUUCUGCCCUCGUCAAACUCAUAUUUGAGAAGCUCGCUGAUGAAGCCUUCAAGAAAUAUGUUCGCUCCCAGGGAAUUCACUCCGAGCUCGAGAGUUUGGGGAGAGAAUUGUCCCAGAUCCAAGUUGUGCUUCAUGAUGCUUCUGAGAAGGAAAUAAAGGAUGAAGCUGUUAAACAAUGGCUAAACAGCCUCCAACCUCUGGCUUACGACAUCGAUGAUGUACUUGAUGAUGUGGCUACAGAAGCCAUGCGUCAUGAGCUGAUCCAGAAAUCCGGAGCAAGCACAAGCAAGAUGAUUCAGACUCAGACUCAGACUCAGACUCAGAGUGGACACUGUAGAACUUAUUGUAACAUCUUCCAUCAUUAGGUAACAAUAAGUGCAUUAAUCUGCAACGGUGGCAUGGAGGUAGGAUUUGUGUAUGGAAAGAACUAAAGGAGAUUUGGAUAGUGAUGGAGGAUCACAUGGGAAAGUCAUUAAAUAACUCUUGAGAUUUAGUAGUGGGUCUAAAAGUUUCAAAUGUCAUAGGAGUGUUAUGUAUGUUAUAUAGACAUAUAGCGAUCAUAUAACCAGUGGCGGAUCUUGCCCGUUGAACGUGUCAGGGCCGAAAGACACGGGCACUAAAAAAAGCCCCGGCCAAACAUAGUAUAUAUAAAAAAUUUCGAUCGAAAUGCGGAAAAUUAGCACUACGGCCGAAAAACUUGCCCGGGCCGUGGCCCUGCCAUAGGGCUUCUAAGAACCGCCCCUGCAUAUAACAUUGUUAUCAAGUAAUUUCGCUUCACAUGUGCGAUCAUAGCAAUCUCUUGUAUCGAGUUUUAUUAGAUCAAUAUGAAUGUGUAAUGAACAAUCUAGAUUUCUUAUGUCAUUCACUCUAUAAUCUAUUUACCAUCAAAUACAAAUUAUAAAUGAAGCUUGAAUUCUACA